AUGGACGCCGCCCCAGCCUCCCCCAGCAAACCAGAACCACUACACCACCCCCACAACCACUACUGGAAAACCACUAAAAAAGGGCGUAUCAUCGAAAACUGGGUGUUAACCAAGGAUAGCGAGGGGAAGACGGUGCGGAAUGUGGAUUUGGUAAAUCCUAAGACGGGGAAGAGGAAAAGGAAGAAGGUGAGACGGUAUGAUAGGUUGCCGGCGCUGGUGAGGAUUGCGAGUGGUGGUGCGAGGAUGGAGAGGGGUGAUGUGGAGGAGGAUGAGGAGGGAGAGGGAGAGGGGAAGAAGAGGAAGAAGCAGUGUGUGGUUAUGUAG